UAGUUUUUGUCACUAGAGGGCGAUGUCGGUUCGUUGUUCCGGAAAAUAGGUUACUGUGCUCGUUCACGAAUGCGUUGAGGGAAAGCAUCUGCUCCCGCGGGCGCGCGCUCACGUUCCGGGAGGAUGAUGCGUCUGCUCAGAGGAGAGGAAGAAGAAGAGGGAGAAGAAGAGGGAGAAGAAGAAGGAGGAGAAGCAGCGGAGCAGAGGAACCGAGGAACCACCGACACACCGGCGGCCGACCUGCAGCUGCUCUCUACCGGCGCGUGAUUGUGGAGGAAGAGCCGGAGUCGCGGAGCGAGGAUGAAGAAGAGCAGCAGUAGACACAAGGGCGUUCAGGACCCGGGUCAGCUGGCGGUCCAGCAGCCAGACAAGGCGGGCUGGAUCAGAAAGUUCUGUGGCCGUGGGAUCUUCAGGGAGCUGUGGAGGAACCGGUUUGUGGUUCUGAGAGGAGACCACCUGUACAUCUGUGACAAGGAGGUGAAGGACGAACGUAAAGCCCAGGAAGUUUUCCACCUGGCAGAUUACGAACGUUCGGAGGAAUUGAGAAAAGCAAAGAGUCGCAGUAAAAAGAACCACAGUCGCUUCACGCUGCUGCGCUGUAAUACACCAGGAACCACUGCUCCUCCCCUGGUGUUUUUAGCCGUCAGUCCUGAGGACAAAGAAUCGUGGGUCAACGCUCUGAACGUCGCAAUCAUCAAAGCAAAGAGUAACCGACUUUUAGAUGAGGUCAGAGGUCACAGGAUUUUAAGUUUGUUACAUGUGAUGAUGUCAUUGUUUUGGUACAGAUAUAUAUACUGUAUAUAUGUCUGUGAUCAGGUGACCAUCGAUGACGACGAUGUUCUGACUCAUCCGACCAGAGAACGAGCAAAGAUCCAUCAUGUUCGCAGACUGCCCACUAGAGGGCACCUCCUGUCUGUGGCCUCGUCCUCUUCUCACGGCAUGUUGACCCUUGACCUGGUGACUGAGGAGGACGCCCUCGGAGACUCCAGUUUGUCUUGGGAGAACAGUUUCCGGGUCGACCUGCAGAGGGGCGGUUCCUGUGGUCAGGUAGCAGUCGUAGGAUCUUGUGGGGUCAGAGGUCGUCAGCGCGCAGGCACUGACGUCUCGAAGCUCAGGGUCACGACCAAAGAACCAAAGGUCAAGACGGGAAGUUUGCCCCGAGGCAGCGAAUCCAGCUGGACCAGAGGGACACAGCUGGACAUCCUGAAGACCAGAGAGACACAGCUGGACGUCCUGAAGACCAGAGAGGUUCAGGUUCUUCAGUCUCAGUCAAAAACUCCUCAGUUGGAGAAAAAGGUCAAAGGUCAGGGUCGCAGUCGUUGCUCCUCUCUGGACCAGGUCCUGGCGAGACCUGCUGUGAUUCGUCGUUGUCCCACAGAAGAUGAGGCGGUGGGUGGAGCUUGUGUGCAGCCUGUGGGCGGGGCUUGUGUGCAGCCAGUGGGUCAGUUACAGAGUCUGAUUGCUCAGAAGAUGCAGCGAGCUCAGGAGCUGCUGGAGGAGAUGAGGCUGCAGGAACUGCAGAAAAGCAGAACAGAGCGAGGAGGAAGAUCAACGUUGACCAAGAAUAUCGACUCUCCUCUUCUUCAUCACCUCAGAGGCUCCGACUCUCCUCACUGCAGGUCGUCUCCAAGGAGCAGGAGCAGCGACUGUCCUCGUCUCCGCGGCAAAGAGUCUCCUCGUCUGCGAGGACGAGAUUCUCCGCGAUCCAAAGCCAAAAGAAAUCGCUGCAGAGGAACCGAAUCACCACGCUCAAGAAGAUGCAACUCACCUGCUGCUCCAGCCCACGAUUCCCCAAAGAGCCUGUCCAACUACGUGUCCAACGCCAGCGACGCGUCCAACGCCGAGUCCAACGCCGAGUCCAACGCCAACGACGACUCUUCUAUGCAGAAAUCAUGUAAAUCUCCUUUGAGCGUCGGAGACUCCGCCUCCUCUCAGGUUAAAGUGUCACGUCCAGAAUCUUCUCGUUCAAACUCCCAGACGGAGUCACCUCAGGCUCUGCUGACCACGCCCCCCUCCCUGCUGCCAGAGGACGAGGCAGAGAUGAGGCGUGCUGAGGCAGAGCGCCUCCUUCAGGAAGCUGUGUCAUCUUGGAAGGAGGCACAGGAAGUUCUACAGGAAGUGAAGGAGCUUCAGAGUCGGACGCUGCAGCGACGUCAGAAGAAGACGCACAACAACAUGACAUCAGCGGCAGAAGAGGACACGCCCACCUCGCCAACAUCAGCAGAAGAGGACGACGGGUCUGAGAUGCCGUGACACGAUUUUUCUUCUUAUUUUCGUAAUUUUAACGUCUUUAAGCACAAACAAAAUCAGGGAAAAAGACAAAACUUUUGAAAGUGUUUGAUUAUUGGACGAUUUGAACACCAGCGAUCUUCAGUUCUUCCUCUGUCGCCCCCUGUCUGUCACUGCUGCCACUGUCUGUGUGACACUGUGUCAAUAAAGUUUUCAUGGAGAUUAGUCUUAACGAUGCUGCACUGUUUGUCUUUAAAGUGAAAUGUUUUUGUUGUUUUUUAAAAAGACGAUAUUUCAAGAUGUUUUUACUAGAAACUUUUUCAUCUGUGAAAUGCUAACAAUGCUAACAGUGGGUGUGGUAAAGCCUGUCAUGGCCGACUUUGUAGCAGGAGUUGCUGAAGUGAUGUGAAAAUGAUUGUUAAAAAAUGGUCGUUUUUUUACUUUAAAUACGUAAACAACGUACCCACAAUGCACUUCAGCAACAUGUGACACAUUUACAGAAGGAGCAGCGUUUUAUUAUAAUGUCUUUGAUAAUAAUGUAAAGUUUGUUUAAUGUUACCAACGUUAAACCUGUGAUUGAAACAUUUUUAAAUGUGAGUUUAAACGGCGACAAAGUUCAGGGACAAAAAUGUGAGAAAAUAAGCAAUAAAAGAAUAAAAAAACAAUAAAAACCUUUUAGGAGGGGGCGUAGCCUAGAUUUGACCAGGACAACUGGUAACAUUUUGGGAAAUUGUCCUUCACGACUUCUGCUCCUUUAAAUAUAUAAAUAUGUUAUUAAAUUACAAUGAUGUAAAAAUGUUUGUUGUAAACAUUAAUUCUUUAUGUAAAAAUGUCUUGUCUUUUUUUCUUUAAUCAAAUAUGAAAAAGUUUUUAUUGACGUUUUAGUUUAAAUCACUGCAAAGCAUUGUGGGUAAAAAAAAGGCAGGGUUUUGUCUUUUUUUAGAUUUUAAUAAACAAAAUAAAACAUGUUCAAAAUUG